CACGAAUCGGAAUAACUAUCCGCUACUAAAUCUACACUACAACUACAUUAACCUCAUUAAUCUCACCAACAAUUCCAUUAAUGAGUACUGUACAGGCGGAGAUCACUUCCCGGCUAGCGGAGUAUCUCAACAAACCGCCGAAUCCCAAUCUCACUACGUCGCUAGUGGCAUUUUACAAGCGCAAUAACUCAUGCGAUGCCUUCACAGUUUACGUCAAGGCUCUCGGCUUGAGUGACCCUAGCCAGGCUAAGCAGAUAUAUAAUCUCAUAAAUGAUAAUGUACACAGACUUGUGCCGACUGCUGUACCAGAAAUACCGAGGCCGGAACAUUCUACCCGAAGAAGAAUGCUCCCCAUUAAGUAUGAAGACCAUGAUGGAGAGGUACCCACCAACAUCAGCCAACCCAAAUUCAAACGACUUAUAUCCACCAGCAAGUCACACAAGCUCAAGCCCCGAGUGAAGUUGGAAUAUGAUGAUGAAGAAGAAGAAGAAGAAGAAGAAGAAGGAGAGGACGGAAGUGGAAGGCCCACAGCUCCGUUCAAGUUCAAGAAGAUCAAACACGAAGAUGCCGUGAGACUCAAGGACACUUUGGAUGAUAAAAUAGUCAAGUUGCAUAGUACGGAGUACAAGACGAUCAAGAUGGAGCCACAAAGGUUUGCUGGUCCCAACAAUGUGGUUGUAAAGUCCGAGCCAUCGCAAGAAGAGUCAGUAGUCGACAGCGAUAGUGCGUUCAAUGCCCUCAAGCAACAGGAUGAAGAGUUCGAUAUCAACAUAGAAAACGAUCGGGAAUGGUAUGCUUCGGAGGAGUAUGAUGGUGCAGCCAAGGAAGAUUAUGAUGAUGCAGAUUCCUAUGUAUCUACCAAUACCAAUACCAAGAGUAGACCCAGAACAAACACAAACACCUAUAGACAUUCAAACACCCAAGAAUCAGGAGGACUGUUUGAUCCACUUACAGGAGAGUACAUUGACUAUGAUCAUUCUACUAAUGGAGGACUAGGCGACCUAUCACGUAUCUCACUAUCGGCCACCAACUUUGUUCCUCCGUUUCUUGAAAGUUCUAAACAGUACUUACAACUCCUGAUUGGAGGAGUAACUGUAGGAGGUAUAGGUCCAACCAUCAGCCCUGUACGUGAUUCCACUUCUGAGUUGGCAGUAUCUGCUAAGAGGGGAAGCUUUACUGUACGAGAUAGAAAGAUGAAGAAAGAACGAGCCAAACAGGCACAGGAUCGGGCCGGAGUAAAGGGCUCUAGAGUAGGGAAGGAGAAUGUUCUUGGAGUAGACGAUGAAGGAGAAGGAGAAGGAGAAGGAAAAGAUUCAGCGACUAAGGCUGAGCCACUAACUGCCGAUAGGUAUACCCAGAUCCAACUCCAACGGAAGUCAUUACCGGCCUUUACAGUCAAACAGGAGUUGAUCCGUACCAUAAGAGAAAAUCAAGUCACCAUAGUCAUAGGAGAAACCGGUUCCGGUAAGACAACCCAAUUGGCACAAUUCCUCUACGAAGAAGGAUUAGGAUUCAAUAAGGGUAAUGGCAAUAAAAAGAUCAUUGGAUGUACACAACCUCGUCGUAUGGCUGCUAUGUCGGUAGCCAAGAGAGUCAGUGAAGAAAUGAACUGUGAGAUUGGGCAAGAGGUCGGGUUUUCUAUCCGAUUUGAAGAUAGAACCGAUCCCAAUAAAACCAGUAUUAAGUAUAUGACCGAUGGGAUCUUACUAAGAGAGAUAUUAGCCGAUCCUCUAUUAUCUACUUAUUCCUGCAUCAUUAUGGAUGAAGCACAUGAGAGAACUUUAAGUACCGAUAUCCUUUUGGGAUUAUUUCGGCAAUUGAUUAAGAAACGAAGAGAUUUAAAAGUCAUAGUCACCAGUGCCACCAUGAAUGCCGAUAAGUUUACGCGAUUCUUUGGAGAUGCACCUCAGUUUACUAUCCCGGGAAGAACAUUUCCAGUAGAUAUCAUGUAUAGUAAACUGAGUAAUUCUGAUCAUGUUGAAGCAGCCGUUAAACAGAUCUUAACUGUCCAUCUACAACUGAGUACAGAUAGUGGAGAUAUUCUAGUGUUCAUGACAGGUCAGGAUGAUAUUGAAACAACUUGUGAACUUCUACAGGAGAAACUAGAUCUUUUAGAUAACCCUCCACCUUUGGAUAUACUUCCUAUAUAUUCAACAUUACCACAAGAUUUACAGAAGAAGAUCUUCAAUAAGUCCGAUCUGAAGAGGAAAGUGGUAGUGGCUACUAAUAUAGCCGAGACUUCAUUAACAGUAGAUGGAAUUAAGUAUGUUAUAGAUACAGGAUUAAUCAAAUUGAAAGUAUAUAAUCCCAAGUUAGGGAUGGAUACUUUACAAGUAGUACCUGUAUCAUUAGCCAAUGCCAAUCAAAGAAGUGGAAGAGCAGGUAGAACAGGUCCUGGGAUAACUUAUAGACUCUAUACAGAAAACGCUACUGAAGAUUCGAGAAUGUAUAAGCAACCCAUUCCCGAAAUCCAAAGAACCAACUUGAGUAAUAUUAUGCUAUUAUUAAAGUCCCUUGGAGUCCAAGAUAUAAAUAGCUUCCCCUUCUUAGACUCUCCCCCCAAGGAUCUCUUAAAUUGUUCAUUAUACGAUUUGUGGUCCAUCAAUGCCCUUGAUAACUUUGGAGAAUUGACUCCAUUAGGAAAGCAAAUGAUCGAGUUCCCUAUCGAGCCCACUCUCGCCAAACUCAUAGUCCAAUCACUAGAAUUUAAGUGUAGUGAAGAGAUAGUCACCAUAGUGUCGAUGUUAACAGUUCCCAAUGUAUUCUAUCGAUCCAAGGAGAGGAAACGAGAGAGUGAUAUGGCUCGAGAGAAGUUUAUAAUCAAUGAGUCUGAUCAUUUGACUCUAUUGAAUAUCUAUAAUCAAUGGGAGACUAAUCUUAAGAAAGUAAAGAACAAUUUCUCUAGCAUUAACAGUUGGUGUACUAAGAACUUCUUACAGUUGAAGUCUUUACUUCGUGCUAAGGAUAUUAAGAAUCAAUUGUUACUUAUUAUGAAGAAGAAUCGUAUGCCUAUAACCAGAAGUAAUGAUGAUACCAUAAUUCGGAAAUGCUUAUGUUCUUCCUUCUAUCAGCAACUGGCGAAAUUGACUAAGGUCAAUGUUAAUGGACAACUUGAAUUCAUUAACUUACGUCAUAACUAUAUGAAGAUGUAUUUACAUCCUACCAGUUCAUUAAUUCUUAACAGCAGCUUAAGUACACCAUAUGUAAUCUUUCAUGAAUUGGUCCUCACCAGUAAAGAGUACAUGAACUUUGUAACCACCGUGGAUCCCCUCUGGCUAUUGGAGUUUGGAUAUAAAUUCUUUGAUAUCUCUGAUGUUAAGACGAAAACAAAAAUAAGAAAUGAAGUGGAUUUCAAAUACAUCGAUAAGGAACUGGUUAAGCAAUCGUUGGAAUCGGAUCUUGAGAUGUUUCAAAAACAACAGAAGGCAAAGGCAGAUAAGAUGAAACAGAGAUCUACUACAGGCAAUCGAAUUGAAUUUAAAAGAAGAAAUAUGGGCCUCUAACC